GCCAAGACUAACUGCAAAAUCUUCAAAAGUCUCCAUAUCGUGUCUCAGAAGAGAUCACGUGAAAUCCAGAGAUUUGAAGGCAUCAAGGCAUCAAAACACACAGACCACCUGAUAACACUAAAAUUAUGAAAAUGUAUCUGACAGGAUCUUGUUUGAAGACAUAUACACCAAAAAAAAAACCCCCAAUCAGGGAGUGAAUUAAGUACCUAUGUCGAAAUCCGUCCUCAAAUCGACGUGGUCGUCAGUGUGUGCAGCAGUAAAGUCCCGCUAUUCCAGGCAGCACAGCCACUGAAAGAAAAAAGUCACACGGUGCGAAAGGAGCCCAAUUCACGAUCACAGCCCAAUUUGAAAUUAUUGGCCCACAACCUUCGUACGGCUUAGCUUUUCUCUCCUCAUAGAUGCACAUAAAACUCAAAUAAUUGCGAAGGUGCGGGCUAUCUUUGCUCUCAUUGGUUGCAAACAUAGAUUUACGACUUUUUAUUAUGGGGUAGGUUGCCUCGCUUGGGAGGCGGGCGGCAAGAGUGCCUUAACUGGCGCUUUGAAUUGCAGAAGUGUCGCUUUCUUAGGCUCGUCUAUCAUAGGUAUCAUAAACAUUUCCUCCUAGUCCUCCCAAAGUGCUCUAAACUUCCCACAAGCAGUUAGCCAAUUCCAUCAAACAUGCGGCUCCUGAGAACAAAACAGUACAGACUCAUCGAAGCAGAUGAAGUCCCCGACCCUUUCCCACAGUACGCCAUUCUUUCUCACACAUGGAUAUCACCAAGGGACGAAAUCACCUAUCAGGAUUUCAAGCACAGAAAAGGAGAUAUAGAUGACGGUAUCUUCAAGCAGAGGGGUUGGGAGAAGCUCAAAAGAUACUGCGACCGCGCCUCAAAGGACGGUUGGGAAUGGGCUUGGAUGGACACCUGCUGCAUCGACAAGACCAAUCCUGCUGACACCCAAGAAGCCAUCAACGCAAUGUUUCGCUGGUAUCAGAACGCCGGCAUAUGCUACGCCUAUCUCAACGAUAUUGAGGUGAAUAGGGUCAUUGCUCGUCCGAAUCUUACAGAUGUGAAUUUUCCGCUGGAUUCGGACCUUGACGACAUUGCUAGUAAGGACAAUGUUGCCGACCCCGACAGCUCCCUCCGGCAGGCUCUCCGCCCCCUUUUAAUUCAAGCCAAGUGGUUUACCCGAGGUUGGACAUUGCAGGAGCUUCUCGCGCCCCCUUAUUUGGUCUUUGUGGAUAAAGCGUGGCGUCGUAUGGGCACCCGAGAGAGUUGGGCCGUUGAGAUCAAGGAAGCCAGCAGAAUCGAGGCACGGUACUUGACAACUUUCAGCCCGACGGAUUUCACAUCGUGUUCUAUCGCCAUGAGACUUUCUUGGGCCUCUCGUCGUGAAACAACUCUAGAAGAAGACGAGACGUAUUCAUUGCUCGGUCUGUUCGGUAUUAGCUUGCCCCUGAUAUAUGGCGAAGGGAGGUGGCGGGCCUUCAAUAGGCUUCAACGUGAACUGAUAACAGUCUACAACGAUGACUCUAUAUUCGCCUGGAAAGCUGAACAGUCAUCGAGUCAAUGUUUUCAUGGGCCACAGCGGAAAGACUCCAACCUAGGAUGGGGGAUCCUGGCACCAUCAAUUAGAGAAUUUUGGGACGCAUCCAACGUCAAUGCUUUUGGCUUUUAUGGAUACAGUUUCUCCAUGACAAACCGAGGAUUAGAAAUAAAUGCCAAGCGCUGGAGACGUAAAGACGACCCAACGAUAUGCCUCAUCCGUCUGAACUGCGGUCUUGAACCUUCCAAUCAUAUUAGCAUUCCUCUAAACCAUGAUUAUGAUUCUUACAACAGGAUACACAUUGAAGAGCUCUACUAUACAAAAACAAUUAAUUAUGACGACUGGGAAGAGGAACGUGGAACCGAGCCUACUCUAAUUCGAGUUAGCAAUUAUUCAAACCCCCUCGUUUCCUCGAUAUUUGCUCUAGAAUAUCCAGGACGGAUCAAAGUUGGCCAAAAGUAUUUUGUCGAUUUCGGGACUACCCCUAACCCAGAGCUGCAGCCAUUGGAUAAGAGCUUUUUAAUUCAAGGUCUCAAGAAGGAUGAGCUCAUAAUAGAGCCCAACCGACUAGUAUUCGUCAACAUUGAACUACAAGGCGAGAGUUAUAAGUCACAAUUCGACGCCGUAAUCAAUCUUGCUGGGAACGGUUUCCCUUCUGUUGGUAUACUGCCAAGAGCUGAGGAGCCGUGGGAACGUGUGGGAAAUCCACUAAAGGAGGGGAUUUCUGGCAAGUACGAGCAUUUGGCGGAUCACCUUCACUACAGCGUGCCAACUGAGCCAGCAUAUCCCGUGGUUGCCUUUGAAGAGAGCGAGAAUCUUGUCGUGGGUGUAUGUCUUCUUCCUAGACCCCUGAUGGCAAGUAGAUUCGACCAACUCUCCCAGAAUGUAAAUGAUAUCACGCUAAGAGAGUAUGUGCUUAAAAUUACUGUUAAUGGGGAUCAAUCAGUAGGACAGGAUAUGUCGAGAUAUCCUAAUAAAAAACGGAAAUUGAAUUAAUCUGUUUACAAUGAACUAGCAACUGUUCUGCUUGCCUAUCAGUUUGGUUAUAGUAUAGUACGAGACCAGGGUAGACCAUAUAUAGGAUGCGCAGCACCCUCGAAGGUGCUUCGAAGGGCAAGCGUUAAUAGUUCAUUAAACUACACUACUACCUAGCAUUCACUCUAUGUAUGUCAUCCAUCAAAGGAGCAC